CAUGCAAUGUUGACGUGUAUUUUGUUGGUGGUCUGAAAUUUUCUGUUUCGCAUCAUCCAGCUGGCAGAGCCGGACAUCAUUUUACCGCAACUGAAGCAAUUUUUUUACUGACAUCUUGUACAUUUGAAGCGGUGUGUGGCUUCGCAACAGUGUGUGACGAUGUCCGGAGAAAUUUCUAUGAUUGGUUCGGUGAUCCUGGCCCUGUUUCUGGCCGGAUAUCUGGGCCAGCAGUACUUACCACCCCCGAAGCCCAAAGUGAUCGGCCUGGAUCUGGGUACCACCUUCUGCUCUGUCGGCGUCUUCCACCCGGGCAGCGGGGAAGUGGAGGUGAUAGCAGAUGAAGAGGGGAGGAAGAGCAUCCCUAGCGCCGUGUCCUUCACCACCACCGCGGUGCUGGCCGGACACGAAGCCGUGGACCUCGCCGACACCAACCCUCAAAACACCAUCUACGAUGCCAAGAGGUUCAUCGGGAAGAUAUUUGAACCGGAGGUCUUGGAGCAGGAGAGUGCCCGGUACCCGUUUAAGGUGAUUAACAACAAUGGGCGUGCAGAGUUUCUCAUCUCCACCAAUCAUACCUUCACCGUGAGCCCGGAGUUCAUCGGCUCCAGGCUGCUGCUGAAGAUGAAGAAGAUGGCCGAAAGACAGCUUGGUGUGCUGGUCCAGAAAGCUGUCAUCUCAGUGCCUGCAGAGUUUGACGAGAGACAGAGGAACUACACUGUCAGGGCCGCCAACCUCGCUGGCUUGGAGAUCCUGCGUGUGAUCAACGAGCCCACGGCUGCAGCCAUGGCCUACGGCCUGCACAAGGUGGACGUCUUUAACGUGCUGGUGGUCGAUCUCGGGGGAGGAACCCUGGAUGUGUCUCUGCUCAACAAGCAGGGAGGCAUGUUCCUCACCAGAGCCAUGGCAGGAAAUAACAAGCUGGGAGGCCAGGACUUCAGCCAGCGGUUGCUCCAGUACACUGCAGAACGAGUCCGACAGGAGUUUGGCGUCCCACCCACCCUCAAAGAAGACAUCCACCGUCUCCGACAGGCUGUGGAAGCCGCCAAGCUCAACCUCACCUUACAACCUAGUGUCACCAUCACGGUACCCCUGCACCUUAACACCGGCGGCAGCCCAGAGUCACCUGAAGGCUCCUCUCCUGCUCCGGUUCUUUUCCAGGCUGUGAUCACUCGCAAACUAUUUGAGGAGCUCAACGAGGACCUUUUCCAGAAGAUUCUGGCCCCGGUUGAGACCGUGUUAGCUGAGGGCCACUUGGGGAAAGAGGACGUGGAUGAGAUUGUUCUGGUCGGAGGGUCCACCAGGAUACCACGGAUCAGGAGGCUGAUCAGUGAGUACUUCGGGAAGGAGCCCAACACGUCAGUAGACCCCGACCUGGCUGUGGUCACAGGCGUGGCCAUUCAGGCUGGCAUCAUGGGCGGCUCCUGGCCUUUGCAAGUGAGCGCUAUAGAAAUCCCCAACAGACACCUGCGCAAGACGAACUUCAGCUAAUCUUUGUUUAUUUAUUAAGUAGUAAGCAUUAAAUGAAUGCCACAGAGAGUUGU